AUGGUAGUUACACGUCUAAAAAUAAUUACUCUUUUACUAAUAAGUCUACUUAGUAAUAUUAUAAUGGAAUUAAUAUUUAAUUCUAUUUUGAAUAUCUAUCCAAAAAUAACAUUGUUAGAACAUAUUCAAUCAUCAAUAACAUUAACUAAAUUAAUUGGUAUUAUUUUUAUAGGAUUAAUAUGUUUUAUUUUAUUAUUUGGAAUAUUGAUAAUGGUAUCUGAUCAUGGUCUGUUUAAUAUUUAUAUAAUAAUUUUAAAAUUCUUUGAAUCAAUUCUACCUUUAAUUGAUAUAAUCAAUUUACUUUUGAUUUAUCAAAAUAAAAUAGAAUGUUUUAAUAAAGAAAAUUUAACUAUUAUUAACAUAGAAAUGAAAAAGACAAUGUAUCCAUCAAUACGUUUUAUUUUAUCUUUAACUUUUGCUUUAAUACGUUUAACUAUUAAUCUUGAUAUUGUACAUCGAAAAUGUGAUUAUGAAUGGAAAAGAAAAAUUAUUAUUUUAUUUGAUUUAUUACUUUUUAUUUUGGUUAAUAUUAGUAUUAUUCGAUAUUUAACUAAAAAUAUAUUUCGUAUUGGACAAAAACUAAGUUUAUCUAUAUUAAUUUAUCAAUUAAAUGAUCUUUUUUUAAAUCAAAUCUUGUGGAUCGAUUCAAUUAACUACAAUAAACAUAUUAAACAUCAAUGCAAUUCAAUAUUUUCUAUUUUCUAUUUGUUUAAAAAUAAAAAAGAUUAUCAUUUAAUACUUUCUUUACGAUGGUUAAUAUCAUCAUGUAUUAUUUAUCUAUUUAUUUUAUAUAUAUACCAAUCGAUGAUUAUUAUUGGUGAUGAUAAUUUAUUUUUCAUAAGACAUGUUGAUAUUUUUUUCAAAUCAUAUGGACUUAUUUUAAUAAUCAGCGUAAUUAUUCUUUGCCUUCUUGGUUGGGAUACAAUGCAAAAUAAAAAUGUAUUUAAUCAAUAUUGGACAAAAAUGAUCGUUGCAAAAAAUAUUCGAUCAUCAUCGCUACCUAUAAAGAAGAACCAACAAACAUGUAUGGUAUGUUAUGAAGAUAAAGAUUUAAAUGAAUUUGAUGGUUUAAUCACGAGAAAUUGUCAACAUUUAAAUCGAUUAUUAUGUAAUUCUUGUCUUUUUCAACAUGUUCAAAAAGUUUUUGAAAUAACAUUUACUGAUGAUAUUUAUUGUCCUGAACAUGAUUGUAAUGUUAAAUUUGAUUAUGAUACAGUAAGAAAAAUUCUCUUAUCAAAUGGUAAUGAUAAACUCGUGGAAAGCUAUGAUCGAUAUGUAUGUUAUCGACAGUUAGAACAAAUGAAUGAAUUUAUUUGGUGUUCUAAUGUUUUAUGUAAUGUUGGACAAUUAAAUGAAGGUGGUGCACAAAAUAAUAUAGUUACUUGUUUUAAUUGUCAUCAAAAAACAUGUUUUACACAUAAAAUACAAUGGCAUGAAGGAUUAACUUGUAAAGAAUUUGAUAUGAGUAUGGAUCCAAUUUAUGAAUCUAGUCGAAGAUGGAUUGUUGAAAAUUCUAAAAAAUGCCCUCAUUGUCCAUAUCAAAUAGAAAAAAAUGAUGGAUGUGAUCAUAUGAUUUGUAUUAAAUGUCGUCAUGAAUUUUGUUGGUCAUGUUUAGCAGAUUUUCAACCUAUACGAAAAGAUGGAAAUCAUCGACAUGAUCCUACUUGUAAACACUAUGCUGCCUACAAUGAACAAUAG